AGGUCUUGAUCUCGGUGUGUUCAAUUUACACCGCUUAUGUUUUCCUAAUAUUCUCCUGAGUGACAGGUUGAAUGGUAACCUCGCGACCAAAGAGGACAAAACACUAGUCGGCAAAAUUAGCAUUCUGUAAAUGUUGGUCCGCAGAGAGAGCCUCCACUCUAAAAUGCACCCGAAGGAAUACUUCACGGCGUCCAGAAAACAAUAUAUCGACUAAAGACGCUUUGCGAUGAUUCCAAACCGUAUUUCAGCCAUCAUGAGGAACUAAAGCCAUACAGGCGAUAACAUUUCGCCUAGUGCCUCUCACCGAAUGAUAUUAUGGCGGUUUCAGGAAACGUUAGUGGGAACUGUUCAAGGGUCGUUUCUACAGCGAAUUGUCCUGGAACGCCAGAAAUCACCUUGGAAGUCUUCUUUCUAAUAGUAAUAUUCAUUGGAGCGUUGGUGGGAAAUGUUUUGAUCUUGCUGGUGGUUCGAAGAAGUCGUCGUAACGAAUGGACAACCAACUACUUCGUCACCAGUCUGGCAGUUUCCAAUCUAACAUCGCCGUUUCUUUGUGUAUUUUGGGUCCUAGUUUGGAUUACGAGCGGGAAGUGGCUUCUAGGAAAUAUAUCUUGUAAGACCACAUUCUUUUUCCACUUCCUGAAUGUCGGGGUCUCAGCUGGCCUUCUAGCGUGUAUCUCGUUGGACCGUUUCUAUGUUGUAGUGCACCCUCUCAGCUUCAAAAUGACCAAAGCACAGACGAAGGAACUCAUUGUAUUUGUGUGGGUUUUCAUGAUUUGCGCAACUGCUCCCUCGCUAUAUUUCUUCAAGACGAAAUCGAUCAGUAACAACAACGAACUCAUCUACUGUAUUACUGACUUUGAUACGGUUGAGUGGAAAGUUUUUAUAACCUUACUCGUUCUAAUACCUUUCGGUUGCCCCUUGAUUACAACGCUCGCACUAUACUGCCGCAUCACACAAGCUAUUCUAUUCCGGAACCGCCAAGCAAGGAAUCUAACAAACGAUUUUCGCCGGCAAGCAAACCAAGUCCCGAAAUCAAAAAUUAAAGUAUUGAGAAUGCUGGUUAUCCAAUGGUUAGUUUUCGUCGCGUCUUGGCUACCGCUUCUAAUUACAAUGGCCGUUCAAGCAUUGAAGUUAGUGGAUUUCAGUGAGAGUUUGUAUAUUGCUACUCUGGUUAUAUCGUUCGCAAAUUCAGGAUUGAAUGCAUUGAUAUAUUCGUUAUUUAAUGGAGAUUUCCGGAGAGGCUGUAAACGGGUAUUCUGUAAGCCCGACUCUUCGCAAGCAUACCGUCUCACUUCUAUCCCAAGGAAAAACAGGAUCGCACCUACGCUUGAAUCCUUUUCUAGUGAACAUAUUGAAGGUUAUGAAAUGAGACUACCCGAAUUAAAGCCAUUUAAACAUUACAGCCUCAACGGAACUGCAGACAAGCAAAUUCACCAGGCAUGGGUUACAAACUGUAUAGUUGCUCGAGAUAGUGUAUAAAGGUUAUUUAGAUAUCAAGAAUUGGUUAUCCCCUGGACCGCUUGCAAAUAAGAGGUCCCAAUACUACUGUACAUUUGAAUGUAUAUAAAGAUCUCUUGUACCAUAUUUAGUAGUCAACUUAAUUUUUCUCGUUAACAAGCUUAUAGGGAAUGAUUCUGAGAAAAAAGUAUUAUUGAGCUUGAGCUAGGAAACGAUUUUAGUUUUAUGGAUAUCAUGAAUCUGUAUUAUAUGUUUCCUUUUUCGCGUUUCCCUGUAUUAUUGUGUAAUACAAUAGAGUUCACCUGCUAUAUAUGGCCGCAAAAAUAAUGAAAGAUCAACGUGAAAUAACGUUCACUUAUUUAUACGGAUGGUUAUAUAUUUAUUGAGAAAUAUUCCCAAAGAUUAUAAAAUCCAUAAAUAAAAUAAAGAGACUAAAAAAAAAAA